ACUCAAUCGAUCAAACAUGUCACGACAAACGAGAACAUUGACAAUUGCUAUCUUGAUAGCAGAUACUCCGCCAGAGCCUGUUGUGGCUUUGCGAGGGGAUUACAAUCGAAUUUAUCCUGAAUGGUUACAAAAAGCACUCAAAUCAAUUCCACGACAUGAUUGGCAAGAUGGCUAUGAACUCAAUCUAUUGAAAUAUGACGUCGUCAAAGAACAAAAAUAUCCAACAGACGCAAUGCUUGCAGAUGGUUUGAUUGAUGCAAUCAUGGUGACCGGAAGCGCAUCUUCAGCUUAUUUGGACAUUCCUUGGGCAAACAAAUUGGCAGAAUUUAUCAAACACGUUCAUGACUCUCAUCCCUUGGUUCGUAUUUGUGGAAUAUGCUACGGACAUCAGAUUGUUGCAAGAGCCUUAGGUGGAGAAGUGAAACUCAAUGAAACAGGUUGGGAAUUGGGUGUAUACGAAUGCGAGCUCACAGAAGAAGGAAGGGAAAUCUUAUGCUAUCCAGAAGAGGAGAAUUACAUGAGAAUUCAAGAAGUACACAGAGACAUCGUUACAGAACUACCGCCCGAUUGUAUCAACCUUGCAUCAACGCAAAUCUGCCAGAAUCAAGGUUUUGUCAAGAAAUUCAUCACGCCCGCACCACCUUUGCCUUCUGUUGCCGGAACUUCUGCUUAUAUGGCAUUUGACGUAUCGGACUUCCAGACUGACUCUUCUGGACCAUCGCCAGUACGAUCAGCCCAUGUUCUUACUUUACAAGGACAUCCUGAAUUCGAUGAAGAAAUCGUAAAGGCACUUAUCGAAUCACGUUCAGAGAUGGGUAUCGUUUCAGGUACACUCAAAGAAGAAGGUUUGAAGAGGUACAACAAACCACAUGACGGCAUUCACUUGGGCGCAGUAUUUCUCAUCAUGCUGGGAUUGGAACCAAGAAGGACUGAAGUAGAUGUGGUUGGAUAGAUGAAAGUCCACUGUACAAUAGGAGAAGCUUAAUAGAAUAUAGAUGAUAACCAA